GUUUGUUGGUGUUAUCCCCAGCUCAGGGAGCUCCCGUAGCUCCAGCGGCUCCAGUUCUGGCUCCAGCUCCUCUGGUAGCUCCAGUGGCUCCAGCAGUGGCUCCAGGUCCCUACAUCUCAGUCUGACAUGUUUGUUGUUGUUGUCCCCAGCUCAGGGAGCUCCCGUAGCUCCAGCGGCUCCAGUUCUGGCUCCAGCUCCUCUGGUAGCUCCAGUGGCUCCAGCAGUGGCUCCAGGUCCCUACAUCUCAGUCUGACAUGUUUGUUUUGUGUUGUCCCCAGCUCAGGGAGCUCCCGUAGCUCCAGCGGCUCCAGUUCUGGCUCCAGCUCCUCUGGUAGCUCCAGUGGCUCCAGCAGUGGCUCCAGGUCCCUACAUCUCAGUCUGACAUGUUUGUUUUGUGUUGUCCCCAGCUCAGGGAGCUCCCGUAGCUCCAGCGGCUCCAGUUCUGACUCCAGCUUCUCUGGUAGCUCCAGUGGCUCCAGCAGUGGCUCCAGGUCCCUACAUCUCAGUCUGACAUGUUUGUUUUGUGUUGUCCCCAGCUCAGGGAGCUCCCGUAGCUCCAGCGGCUCCAGUUCUGACUCCAGCUUCUCUGGUAGCUCCAGUGGCUCCAGCAGUGGCUCCAGGUCCCUACAUCUCAGUCUGACAUGUUUGUUGUUAUUGUCCCCAGCUCAGGGAGCUCCCGUAGCUCCAGCGGCUCCAGUUCUGGCUCCAGCUUCUCUGGUAGCUCCAGUGGCUCCAGCAGUGGCUCAGGUCCCUACAUCUCAGUCUGACGUGUUUGUUGUUGUUGUCCCCAGCUCAGGGAGCUCCCGUAGCUCCAGUGGCUCCAGUUCUGGCUCCAGCUCCUCCGGUAGCUCCAGUGGCUCCAGCAGUGGCUCCAGGUCCCGCUCCAGCAGCAGCUCCUCCAGUGGAAGCUCCAGUUCCAGCUCCUCCAGGAGCCGCACCCGCGGACAGCAGCGCGUGGAGAAGGUCUCACGCCGCAAAACCAAAUCAAGGUCACGGUCUCCCCGCAGGGUUCGCAAACGCAGUCCCACGCCCAAACCUACCAAACUUCACGUCGGGCGCCUCACCAGGAAUGUCAACAAGGACCACUUGGUGGAAAUUUUUACAGUAUAUGGAAAGGUGAAGACAGUGGAACUGCCUGUAGACAGAGUGAAUGCACACCUGUCCAAGGGCUUUGCCUACAUCGACUUUGAGGAAGCUGAGGAUGCUGAAAAAGCCAUGAAACACAUGGAUGGAGGACAAAUUGAUGGUCAGGAGGUGACGGCAGCCAUGGUACUGCCUGCCCGCCCCCGGCGCCGCCCCAGCCCCCCGCGCCGCCCCCCCAUGCCUCCUCGCUGGGGCCGGCCUUCCCCACCAAGGUUUGGUGGUGCAAGAAGAAGGAGUCCUAUUCGACGUAGGUCUAUUUCUCCCAGAAGGCCUCGCCGGUCCCGAUCUCGAUCCCGCUCCGUGGGCCGCCGUCGUCACCGCAGUCGGUCCAGCUCCAGCUCAUCGCGUUAGCAGGGAAAUAUAACAUUCUCGCGUACUCCCUCCUUCAAAUACAGGAAAAACACAACAUUCUCGUGUACAAACUAUUCACCGCACUGCCCAAAGUACCUCCUUCAAAUACAUGCAAUAUGCAGGAAAGAAUUGCAAUUGCAGCUUGCCAAGAAAACAUGCUGAAUUUUCAGGGUGGGUAUCAUUAAAUAAUGUGUUCCAAAUUAGCAGUGUGCUAAAGUCUGCAGGACUCAUAAGUCAAGAGGUCUCAAGAUGAGAUGGUACCUGUACUUCGAGGCACAUCCUGUUCAUUUGUUACACUUACUGUACAAACCUAUGAAAAAUUAUUACAAGAGUGUUGUGUAUUCACAGAACCUUUCAAUGAUUUGAGAACUGUCCAACUUGCAGGUAACAGAAGAAAAGUAUAUUGAGCCAUGAUAUGUGAGUUAUGUGUACCUCCAUGGAUUUUUCUUACAGAUUCACUUCAAAAAUAUGAGAAGACUCUAACUCAACAAUGUAGAUUCUUCUACAGUUUGGGAUCAGCAUUACUCAAUUCACAGCAGAAAUCAUACCUGUAUUUGAAGGAAGGAAGGCAGUGUACAGAGAAUGUUGUAUGUAUGUCCAUGGAAAACUGUCAUAAGGAAUAUUGUCUUAUUUUCUGCAUUCCUGGUUCUUUUCAUUUGUUGUUGUAUUGUGACAGUUUGGAGAUACUGAGAAUAAGUUACAGUGGAGUUCGGGAAACAGGCUGGAACGGAGUACUAUCUUGGGCAGCCCUGGUUCAAGUCUAACACCACUGUAUUGAUGCCAGUUUUAUUAGAAAUUUUGGCUUAUACUUUGUUUUCAUUUUUCAUAGCUGUAAAAAGGGGGUUGAAAGGUUGAUAUAGAAGUGUAAUGUGGUACUUUUUUUUAGUCAGUAAAAGAUCUGUCCAUUUCAUGGUACUCAUAAUAAUAACUAUAGUAAUGACACUGCUAAUGCCCUCUUAAUACUAAACAACAAUCGCUAAGUGACUGUUAAGUGAGCAAAAGUGGAUUUUUGUCAUCUUUGAUUUUAUAAGACAACAAGACAUGAGAAAAUUAGUUCUUUGUGUAUGAAAUUCUUUAUGUAUAAAAUUUGCUGAGUGACUUGUCAAAUCUCUGGUGACUCAGCAGUGGCAGUGCCCCCCCCCCCCUUUUUUUUAACAAAUGUAUACGAGGAUUACUUACUUAUUUGCAUAUACAAGGAUAGAGGUAGGUAAACACGGGCAUCAGGUCUUUUUGUCCAUAACCCAUUCAUCUUCAUCAUUUAACUGUUUAAACAAGUGAUUUGCAGCAUGCAUUAACAACCAUGAUGGCAUAACCGGUAACAUGAGUGUCUCGUUUGUGAGUUAAGUGCUGGUUGUGCGAGACUCAAACAAAUCAAACGUGUAUUCAUUUAAAGAAGUUUGAGAAAAAAAACUCACUUGAGGAUGAAACUGCAAUGACGAGGACCAAAGAACAUAGCAAGAAUGGGUUAUGGGAGGAAAAGUCUGGUAGCUAUGAUCACCCAGUAUGUCAUUGUUGUGUGUUUGAUGGAUAGACUUUGACAGGCGUGUCGUCACAUUCUGUGAUUUUAUGUAGCUUGAUAGUCCAGUUCUAUUGGUGAACAGUAGAAAUGUAGACUUGUACCUGAUUAAAACUUUCAAAUUUAUCUGU